AUGACCAACCUCAACGUCCCGGCCAUUGCAAGUGCUGCAUUCCUCGGGUUCCUUGCUCUUGCCGCGCUGCUUUUUUGUAUUCCACCGGUCACACGAUUCUUGGGCGACCUGUGCUGUUGUCCAUGGAGGAUCCCGUUCACUCGCAAGAGACGGCGCAACGAUGAUGAAGAGGUGGACAAAGAGGACUUUCCGUACUUAGCAGAGCCCCGCUCAAGGACUUCUGUCGACGACACAGGAUACCAGUCAAUGCCGGAAGACUACAUGUCGGCCAGGGGCACACGCGAGCACGGGACUGCUGGAGGGGCUUUCAAUGAUGAGCCGUCACGGAUGGACUACAUGGAUGAUCGUCAGGGACUGGAUGAUGGCUAUUAUGGAGGAUCAUACAAUGAUCGCCAAGCUGCAUUCCCGCAACCGCAUCACGGGGAUUGGUGGCGAUCACCCGCGGAGGAGUACCCCGAGUACCCGGUCUACACGGAGCACCGUGACCCGGAGUACCCCGAGCACCCGGAGCAAGCCACGCUCGGCUACGACCCGGCUCUUCACUACUCGGAUGAAGACAGCUACGGCUAUGACAAAGAGACCUUCUCGAGUCCAGACAUUCGACGGCCACAGCCAUCUUACUCUCCCCCAGAGAUGACGUCUCACCAAUACACCGGCGACUACUUCCCAGAGAUAGAUCAUGAGUAUUACAGCCAAUAUAGAAGAUCAUGA